AUGUCGCCUUGCGCUCGAGGCGCAUUGUCUAGAGCCCUACGGCUCGACAGCCUGCGCGUGGAUGUGAGAUCAUAUCCUCGGCGAAUAACAUAUUCGAUCCGCCCGCGAUGCCGCCUUGCGCCGCCUGCGAUCAACAACUGCCUUCACGUCGACUGGAAAACACAAACCCAGCGCCGCGAUUUGUCCACCACGCGUUUCCAAAGACAACAAUCCGAUGUUGAGCAUCUGACUGAUGUGCUACCAACCUGCUGUCCGGGCUGUGGCGCUUUCUCGCAAACGAUUGAUCCAGAUGAACCUGGGUACUAUGGCGCAAAUCGGAAGCAGACUCGGAAGCUCCUGGCCUCAAAGCGAGAGGCAAUCGAGCCAAAACCUGCAGCAAUGGACGAUGUGACCGACACUGUCGCAGAAAUUAAUGACCAGGGGGAAGAUUUGCAGUCGACAGUCCCCAGACCUAUCCAAGAUGGCGCUCUGUUAGAUGAUGUUCUAGUACCAGAGAGCUACCCCUUUCAGUCUCCAGCACGCGUUUCCCAUGUCUGCGAUCGAUGCCACGACCUUAUACACCACAAUAAGGCGGUUUCCUCCCCCAAGCCCUCCGUUCAUUCCAUUCGAGAUUUGAUGAACGAGUCCCCUUACAAGAACAAUCGCGUAUACCAUAUCUCGGAUGCUGCCGACUUCCCAAUGUCCCUUGUGCCACGUAUCCAUUGGGCACUCUAUGUUCAAGAGCAACGUUCUAAAAACCGACGGUCCGCUAACGAGAAGUACUCCGGAGGGAAGAAAAUGCCUACCCUCAGCUUCAUUAUUACACGCUCCGACUUGCUGGCGGCCACUAAGGAGCAAGUGGAUUCGAAGAUGGAAUAUAUCCGCACCGUGCUCCGUGCAGCGUUAGGCAAGGCUGGAAGAGACGUCAGACUGGGCAAUGUGCACAUGAUUAGUGCCCACCGUGGCUGGUGGACCAAGCAAGUCAAAGAAGAGAUCGCCGAGCACGGUGGAGGAAUUUGGGUCGUUGGCAAGGCGAAUGUGGGAAAGAGCAGCUUCAUUGAGGCGUGUUACCCGAAAGACUCGCGGCGUCUCGCGAAUAUGGCCGAAUGGAUCGAAUCCCAACGACACGAGCACGAAAUUCCCAAUCAACGACAGGCAUCGCUCUUGGAUCCUGAGAGUCUCCUUCCCCCCCGCCCCCGCGAGGAGGCGUUUCCCGUGCUUCCCGUCGUGUCCUCUUUGCCAGGAACAACAGUGUCGCCUAUCCGAAUUCCGUUUGGCCGCGGGAAAGGCGAAGUAAUCGACUUGCCUGGUCUCGAGCGUGGCGAGCUUGAGGAUUACGUGCGUGAUGAGCACAAGCGGGAUUUGAUCAUGACCAAGCGGAUCAAGCCUGCUCGCUGUACCGUCAAACCCGGCCAGUCGCUUCUUCUGGGCGGCGGGCUGGUGCGCAUCACUGCCGUGGAUCCGGAGCAUACUAUUUUGGCUGCGUGCUUCGUGCCCAUCGAGUCUCAUGUCACCAAGACAGAGAAGGCGAUUGAGGUGCAGAGCGAACAGCGAGCAUAUUCGGGAACCGUCCUCAUGAAAGAAGGGACUGGUAGCACGAUGGCCUCGGCGGGGAAGUUUGACUUGCAGUGGGACACCACGGCAUCCAAUCUGCCCUCCAGCGUCGCUAAGGCCGUCAAGGACAAGGGAAUUCCUAUCCCGCAACUCCCAUACCGUGUCAUGUCGGCCGAUAUCCUCGUGGAGGGGUGUGGCUGGGUCGAAGUCAGCAUCCAAGUGCGUUCCAAGCGCCGCGCUGACCCCGAUUCCCCGACCUUCCCCCAGGUGGAAGUGUUCACCCCCAACGGCAAACACAUUGGUACUCGACCACCGAUUGAAUGCUGGAACUUUAUUGCAGAGAAGCUCAAGGCAGACAAGCGCAAGAGACCACGCUUGAGGCACCGAUAUAGCUGA